UGCUCGCAUGUUGACCGUGUGUCUCUCCUAAAUAAGACCUCCUUCCUAACGGCUGCAAGUUUUCUCUACUUUCAUAGCUAGAAACACCGGCUAGUGGCAACGAUGAGAGAUCGAGUUCUUCAAGAGCCUGAGGUGAGAGUGAUAAUUAAUGUUACUAAUAGUGUGAACUGUGCCUGGGAUUCUAUAAGAGUUCCAGUUAUAGUGCCACUACUACGCCUAGCAAUGAUAUUGUGCUCGGUCAUGUCAAUUCUUCUUUUCGUCGAACGGCUUUACAUGGCAAUAGUGAUAUUGUGUCUGAAAGUGUUGGGGAAGAAAAGAUACACCAAAUAUAGGUUAGAGAGGAUGAAAGAAGACCUGGAGCUUAACAAGAGCUACCCCUUGGUUUUGGUUCAAAUACCUAUGUUCAAUGAGAAAGAGGUUUACAGGCUUUCAAUAGGGGCUGCGUGUGGAAUUACAUGGCCAUCCGAUCGCCUCAUAAUUCAGGUUCUCGAUGAUUCGACAAAUGAAGAGUUAAAGGAGUUGGUGGAGUUGGAAUGCCAUAGAUGGCUGGAGAAAGGGGUGAAUAUCAAGUAUGAAACUAGGAACAACAGGAAUGGUUACAAGGCAGGUGCCCUCAAAGAAGGUUUAGAGAAGCAUUAUGUUGAGGACUGUGAGUUUGUGGCGAUCUUCGAUGCAGAUUUCCAGCCUGAUGAGGAUUUCCUGUGGAGGACCAUUCCAUAUCUGCUUGAGAAUCCUGAGUUGGGCUUGGUUCAGGCCAGAUGGAAAUUCGUGAAUGCUGAUGAAUGCAUGAUGACGCGACUUCAAGAGAUGUCGCUAGAUUAUCACUUCAGUGUUGAGCAAGAAGUGGGCUCCUCAACAUGUUCAUUCUUCGGGUUCAAUGGAAGCGCAGGAGUUUGGAGAAUCCAAGCCAUAAAAGAUGCCGGUGGAUGGAAAGACAGAACCACGGUGGAAGACAUGGAUCUAGCCGUCAGAGCUAGCUUAAAGGGUUGGAAAUUUGUCUUUGUAGGGGACUUGGCAGUUAAAAAUGAACUACCAAGUACCUUCAAGGCUUAUCUGUAUCAGCAACACCGAUGGUCAUGUGGACCAGCUAAUCUCUUCAGAAAAAUGACCAAAGAAAUCAUCCUAUGUGAGAGGGUGUCAAUCUGGAAGAGACUUCAUCUGAUAUACGCUUUCUUUUUCGUGCGGAAAAUUGUCGCCCACUGGGUCACAUUCUUCUUCUACUGCAUUGUUAUACCAGCUAGUGUUGUAGUUCCUGAAGUCAAACUCACAAAGCCGAUUGCCGUUUACAUUCCAGCUACCAUUACUAUUCUUAAUGCAGUCUGCACCCCAAGGUCUCUGCACCUAGUUGUGUUUUGGAUCUUGUUCGAGAAUGUCAUGUCGCUCCAUCGAACAAAAGCUGCAAUCAUCGGACUCCUAGAAGCAAACAGGGCCAAUGAAUGGGUUGUGACUGAGAAGCUUGGGAACACAAUGAAGCUCAAGAACAGCUUGACAAUCUUAAAGAAGCCUAGGUCUAGAACAGUGGAAAGGAUUCAUGUAUUGGAGCUGCUAAUGGGAAUGUUUAUGCUGCAUUGUGCAGUGUAUGAUAUGCUUUAUGGGAAAGAUCACUUCUUUUUGUAUUUGAUGAUGCAAGCUGGGGCUUUCUUCAUAAUGGGGUUUGGGUAUGUUGGAACUUUUGUUUCUAGUUAGUGUGAAAAAGAUAAGUGUGGGGGUAGUCUAAGCACUUACCAG